CCGUGCCCGCUGCAGGAGGAAGGGCUGGCAGGAGGCGUCGGUGCUCUGCAUUAUUUACAGCUUUGUGGGCAGCAUGUGCAACACGAUCGGGGCGCUCCUGGCCAAGCAGCUCGCCAUCCAGGUCUUCAUAGGGGCGUACAUGGCUGCUAUCGACAUCAUUCACUUCCUGCUGACUCUCUUUCCUGUCUGUGCGUCCGACCCCAGACCCACACCAGCUCCGCCCGGCAGGAGGAAGAGGAGGAGAAGACAGGUGAGGAGCAGCCUCCUUGCGCUCGCUCUGCCCCUGUGCACGGGCCCCGGCUGGUACGUCCUGGCGAUGGCCACCUCAUCCUCCCCCGAGGAGUUCCACGGCGCACAGAGGAGACUGCUCGGGACGGCGCUGCAGGAGAACACGGAAGUGCUGGGAUUUGCACUGGGGAUGCUCGCUGCGCUCGUCGCCUUCACGGCCAGGGUCCCUGCGCUGUCUGGAGCGUGCAGAGGGAGGCUGUCUCCAGGGACCCAGCUCUGGGCCAGCGUCUCCUCGGCCCUGGCCAGCGUCCUGUAUGCAGCGGCCAUUGUGACUCACGACCAGCGGCCCGCGUACUUUGUGAGAGCCAUGCCCUGGCUCCUGCUCGCCCUGGGCUCUGCUGCGCUCGAUGUGGCUAUCGCCUAUCUGUCCUGCGUGAUGAAAAGCCAGAUGAGCCAGCGGCUGGGCCUUGUGGCUGAGGCCACAGAGACCCCGGCCACGUGGGCACUGCUGGCACAGGCAGAGGAGGAGGAGGAAGAGCCGAAGGGAACCGAAGAGGAAAAGGCCCCCAACUGGCUGCCGCUGAGCAUGUUCCCGGCCCCCAGGUCGCUCCACGAGGGGGCAGCCGUCGGCCGCUGCCUGGAUCUCACCAUCGAGCAGGUGCAGCAGGCCUCUCCUCCGGGGCUCUCUGAUCCUCCUGCUGUGCCCCUUGAUUGUACGCUGGUAAAUCCUGCUCCCUGCUACGUCCAGGCUGGCCGCGGUGCAGUGAGGCUGCCGGGAGAUGGACAGACGAGUGCUGCCGACCCCGCCCUGCCGGAGCCCCCUGCCUACCCUCCAGUCCAGGUCAUCCACGCCAAGCUCUCCCCCUCCAGCUCCUCGUACGUCUCCUCCAUCAGCUCCGAGCUCGAGUGGGACUUCGAAGGCAUGAAUCUUCAGUGGAACAGAAACGGUAGCGAGGCGCCAAACAUCCAGCCCGGCAGCAGCUCACUGCAGAAUGCAGGCUUCGGGUUUGAUGUGAACGCCCUCAAACAAGCCGCAGCUGCGCUGAGACUGGGUGAUAAUGACGCCCCCGGGGCAGAGAAAUCAUAGCAGAGUCCCUCGCAGCUCCGCUCUGUUCCCCUGGCAAAGCUGGAACCCCUCCGCUCUGCGCCGCCACCCGCAGCCAGCCGUGCCCAGAGCCAGGCUUGGGGCUUGUUGAGCACUAGGCCCGAUGAGCUACAGCAAACGGGAGGGCGGCCUUGCUGUGCAUUCUUAGGACACUGAGCUGCCCUCACCCUCGGGCUCCACUCGCCUCACCCCUGGCUUCUGGGAACGCAGCACAGGCGAGAAGACGACAUCUGACGAGAGCGUCUGACAUUUUGUCGCUCCCAAUCUGAUUUCGCAGCCUCCAGCCUGCCUGGCGCUGCCCCCCUCCAGGUAGAUGACCCAUCUGGCAGCUGCCUAGGGCAGCGAACGUACAGCGAUUGUUCAGGGAGCGAGCGACUGUGACCUGCGCUGGGUCAGACGCUCCCUUGGCCCAGAACAGCAAAACAUUCCCGAGCCGGCGCUGAUAAGAAACCUCCACAUUAAUAUUUCUAAUGGCUGGAGAUUAAUUGCCUGGUAGUAAAGCUCAGAAAUCCAGACAAUGCAAAGACUGGAAACCCAGGGGAAAGGAAAUUCUUCUGCUGUAUUGCCUUUUCCUAUUCAGAUAAUGCACAAUAAAAU